CGGCAGUGACAUCACUGCAGACUCCAUUUUGUUGAAGUGCUCACCAAAAAAUUGCGCAGUCUGAGCUGGACGUUGAAUAGAGAAGGUUAUUUCUACAAAAACUCAUUUUCCUGAACAUCCUUUCGAGACCGAAAUGAGUGGUUGUCGAGUUUUCAUUGGGCGCUUGAACCCUUCAGCCCGGGAGAAAGACGUGGAGAGAUUCUUCAAGGGUUACGGCCGCAUCCGGGACAUUGAUCUAAAAAGAGGGUUUGGCUUUGUGGAAUUUGAAGACCCCAGAGAUGCUGAAGAUGCUGUUUAUGAGCUGGAUGGGAAAGAAUUGUGUAGUGAGAGGGUAACGAUAGAACAUGCCAGAGCGCGGGUUCGUGGGGGUGCUAGAGGAAGGGGUGGACGUUACAUGGAUCGCUAUCCUCGUAGAUCACGUGAUACACGAAGGUGUGCACUCAGUAGGAAUCCCCCGCCAGUUCGCACUGAAAAUCGACUGAUUGUAGAGAAUUUGUCCUCCAGGGUCAGCUGGCAGGAUUUGAAAGAUUUUAUGAGACAAGCAGGAGAGGUUACUUUUGCUGAUGCACAUAGACCAAAACUCAAUGAAGGAGUGGUUGAAUUUGCUUCUCAUAGUGAUCUGAGAAAUGCACUUGAUAAGCUGUCUGGGAAGGAAAUAAAUGGGAGGAAAAUAAAGUUGUUUGAGGCUGUUAAAAGAAGGUCAAGAAGCCACUCUCGUUCACGAAGCUCUUCCCAUUCCCGUUCACGUUCAAGAAGCCGUUCCAGAACCCGCAGCCCUAAAUCCUAUAGUCGCUCUCGGUCACGCAGUGCCUCUCGUUCAGCAAGUAGGUCACCUGCACGGGAAAAAGAGGAAAAGCGUUUAUCCAGAGGUCGUUCCAGUUCUCCUGCUUCUCCAGAGCAGAGGCGUUCAAGGUCAGAGUCACGAUCGCCAUCUGCGGAAAGUAGGAACUGAACAUUUGUAUGUUUUUUGGGGUUGUCCUUGUAAAUAUUGAUGCUCUAAUUGUGGAUAUGACAGUACCUGUUUUAUAUCUCCCUUUAUAGAUAUUUUGUUUCCGUCCCUUGCUGUUUAUGGCAAGAAUGUUUGUAUUUUUCAGCCCUUUUUUUCUUUUCCCCUUCAAAUAUUUUAACAUGGCAGUGCCUGCUGAAGCCCUGGAACUUUUUUGUUGAAGCAACAUAUAGUACCCUUUUUUCUUUUUUUUUGCCUUUACUCUUAAAUUAUCACUUAAGACUUCUUGGCAGGAAGCUGUCCAUAAACGGAAGUAAUUUUCUAAAAGGUAAGGUGGAAAAUUGACUGACUAGUUUUGAAAGUUUAUAUUUAGACCACCAUGUGUUAAGGGAAGGGUAGAAUGGGGUGGGGGAGGCUUUUUCUUGUUUGUUUUUUUUUUUUUUUUCCCCGCUUUUGAAACCUGUGUAAAUCGGUCCACCAGAUACUGGUCUUUUGUACAGUUACUUAAUAUGCUGUACAGUUUCCUUUUGUAAUUUUUGUAACUUUUCUUUUGUCACAAAUCAUGAUCUGUAAAUAAAGUGAGUUUUCCAGUUUCAAGCUGGAAGUGUGUA